CCCGAUUAUGAAGUCUAUAAUCAAUCAGUGCCAAUGCUCACGCCAACACAAAAGAGUAGUAAAUCUGAACAACGUAAGAAACAAGAUGAUCCCUAUUAUUGUGGUCUACUAGCCCGUAUACCGAAUUUCAUUAAGUCUUCAAAGAAGAGUCCAAAACAGAAAGAGCCGAAAAUUUCGCGUAAAAUCUCUGCUUCACAACAACAAAUUGUCGAGCCGCAACCUGCACAACCGCUACCCAUUGCCACAUAGUAUCCGGCACACCAGCCACCCUACUAUCCAUAUAAAUUACUUCAUGCGCGACAUCAUCGACUCUCCCAAUCGCAGUUAUCAUUGUGGGAUGCGCGCAGCCUGAUUAGUGCGCAUGAGUAAGUGCGGGUAGUGGGGCAUCAGCGAUGCAACUAUGUAAAUGGGCAGAAUGAAAUUGGAGAGAAUAAAUGUUAGAAAAAUGUUGGGAGCAAUAACGAUUUAAUUUUAAGCAUUUUUUAUAAGGAUGCAUGUGAUUUUUUACUUAAAUCAAUAUGAAAAAUAUACAUAUUUAUACAGUGUUUUGUAGAAAGGAAAGUGCAAUUAUCGCUUGAAAUUUUAGCA